AUGUCAAAGUCAGCAACUGAGGCACCUACCCUGGCAGUGGUAGCAGGAAUUAAGGAGGUCAACAAGGACCACGAUCGUGUUACCCAUACCAAGGAAGGUCAGAAAAUGUCAGCACAAGCCUUGGGGCAAUCUCUACUCGAUCCCCUUGAAGAACAAGAGUUGCUAGAAUUUGCUCUUACUGCUUGGCUUAUUUGGAAAAGAAGGAAUGACUUGGUCUUCAAUGACAAAUUCUCACAUCCCAACUCUAUUAUUCAAGGUGUCAAGACACUCAUUAAAGAAAUCCACCAAUCUCAGCAGCCAGCUCAGGAAGCUUCCACUAAUUCCAAUGAUGAUUCCCAAUGGGAAGCCCCUCCACAACGAAAAAUGAAACUAAAUUGGGAUGCUAGACUUGACAAACUCAAUUGCAAGGUGGGAGUUAGGGCAGUAAUACGUGACUGGGAAGGGAAGGUGCCUGCUGCUAUGAGAAUGAACCACUGCCUCUUCCUAGAACCCCUUCUAGCUAAGGCCUUUGCAGCAUAUCAAGCUUCUAUUUUUCUUAAAAAACUAGGGUGGCAAGAAGUGAUAAUAGAAGGAGAUUCUUUACAAGUUGUUAAUGGUCUCAAGUCCCCAUCUGAAAUAGACUCAUAUGUAGGAAUUCUAAUCAGGGAUACCAAGACCACUCUGAACUCCUUCACCAACUGGUCAGCCAGGCAUAAUAGGAGAAAUCGUAAUAACUUAGCUCAUGCUUUAUGUAAAGAUGCUCUUAGCAUUAGUAAUAGCAUCAUGACUGUGGAUGCUAUUCCCUCUUGUAUCCAAUCUUUCGUUUAA